UAUUGACUGCUUUUACAAGUAUUACAGUAAAAAAUACAGAGAAACUGUUGUGAAUGGUUUUUACAAGCAAUGGGAAAUUUCCCAUUUUAUAUUUUUUUCCGUACACUGGAAGUUCUUCUCAUAGGUGCCAACUAGAUUCAUCUUCAGAGUGGAGAACGUCAUUACAAACUCCAUGUGCACAGCAUCAACAUGGUACACAGCUUGAAGAUGGACAUGAUGAUUUUGUAACUCUUGAUAAGAAAGCUCUCCUGCAACAAUGCUAUACAAAAAAGCCUUAUAAUAUGCAGCCCAACAUAAGGAAAUCAGAAGCUUUAAGUAUUUGGACUGGUGGGGAUGUUGCUGCAGAGAGGAGAAAACAGGCUGUUGUAGAACAAGUAAUGGUAGAUCAAUUAUGUAGAGCUGCUAUAAGUGAUCCAGAGCAGUCCACACGUUCUGAUGCUUGCAAGGAAGCUCAAGGACUUCUGGGAGCUGGGAUAGCACCGAUGCAUUUUAGGAAAAGGACACUCCAUGAAACAAUAAUAAGGACCAAAUCAGGACUAACUGAGAACAUGCUCUCCAACAAGCUACGCUUUGAUAGUAAGAUUAUAUUGAGAAAUGGUCACGAUGCUUGUAGGGAGUUGAUUGGGGUUUUUUUUGCAUGUGACAAAUCCCUUACUGUGUAUGAAUUUCGACAGUUUGGAAAAAACAGGACAAAUGCCUUGCCUUUCAUUCAGAAGGGAGUUUAUCAACAUCAACGUGGACAAAGAAAGGGAAAAGCUUAUGAUCUUAGUGACUUCUACAUUGGAGCCAAUCUGACUUUCCAAAGUGUUGAUCAUAACCUCCCAGAAAGUGUUAAGCAGAACCCCAUCUUCACCCUUUGUGUCACAAGUAUUGAUGAAGCAGCUAUGGAUUAUCUAAAAGCUUCUUCUGUGGAACUCAAGGAAGAGAGUUCCAGACAAGUGGUUGAUGACAACAAAGUUUUCAAGAAGAUUCAAGGUAUAUUCAGAGAAACACUAAGUAAAAAUAGAGUUUGGGUUAUAACAGGCUUAGGAAAGUAUUUCUGACAAAUAGACAAGAACAGAAAUGGCUUUCUCUCUCAGGCAGCCUUGAAAGAAGCUCUAAAAGUAUUCCAUUUGGAAAUGCCUGAAGGAGACUUUGAAUCCUUAUGGCUUAUUCUUGAUGAUACCAAGAGUGAUAAGGUCGACUAUGGAGAAUUUACUCGUGCCAUAUUUGGAGAAAUGAAUGAAUAUAGGAAAGUUUUUGUAAGAAAAGCUUAUAAGAAAUUAGAUUUCAACACAACUGGGAGUGUGCCUAUGGUAGAUGUCAGAAAAUGUUACUGUGCAAAGAAACAUCCUCUGGUACUGGCAGGCAAAACUGCAGAGGAAGAAAUUAAAUCGUCAUUUCUAGAAGCAUUAGGAGAGUCCUGCAGCAACCCAAAUGAAGUGUCCUAUUCUGAGUUUGAGGAUUACUAUGAAGGACUAAGUUUUGGAAUUGUGGGAGAUGAUGAUUUUAUUAAUAUCUUUAGGAAUUCAUGGGGAAUUUAG